GCCAAGAUGGCGGCGGUCGGCGGGGAGCGCGGGCGGGCGGGCGGCGCGGCGGCGGCGGUGGGGGGGCUGUGAGCGGCCGCUGGCCCCCCGCCAUGGCUCGCCUGGCCGACUACUUCGUCCUGGUGGGAUACGACCCUGGAAAACGCGGGAGUGGGGAUGGACAGGGACAGAUACUCCAGCGUUUCCCGGAGAAGGACUGGGAGGACAACCCCUUUCCCCAAGGCAUCGAGCUGUUCUGCCAGCCCAGCGGCUGGCAGCUCUUCACCGAGAGGAACCCCCCCACCUUCUUCGUGGCCGUGCUGACCGACAUCAACUCGGAGCGGCAUUACUGCGCCUGCUUCACCUUCUGGGAGGCCGUCGAGAGCGCACAGCCUCAGAGCCACCCCAGGAAUGGUGAGGGGGCGGAGGAGGAAGAGGAGCCGUCGUCUCCCGUUCAACCCGCGCAGCUCUUUGCUCCCAAAAGCCUGGUGCUGGUGUCGCGGCUGGACCAUGCGGAGGUGUUCAGGAACAGCCUGGGUUUGAUCUAUACCAUCUACGUGGACGGACUGAGCGUGUCCCUGGAGAACGUCAUUGGGAACCUCCUGACGUGUACCAUCCCCAUCACCGGGGGAGCUCAGCUUGACGCGGACGACGAAGCAGCGAGGACGAUCUCUCUGGGAGCAGGGGACAGGCAGGUGAUCCAGACACCCAUCAAUGACUCGCUUCCCGUCAGCAGCUGCAGCGUGGCCCUGCUCUUCCGCCAGCUCGGCAUCACCAACGUGCUGUAUCUCUUCUGUGCAGCACUUACCGAACACAAGAUCCUGUUUCUCUCCAGCAGUUACCAGAGGCUGACUGACGCCUGCCGGGCUCUCCUUGCGCUUAUGUUCCCCCUCAAGUACAGCUUCACCUACGUGCCCAUCUUGCCUGCACAGCUCCUUGAGGUACUGAGCACCCCGACGCCCUUCAUUAUCGGGGUCCACUCCAUCUUCCAGUCGGAGACGCAGGAGCUGCUGGAUGUUGUCAUCGCAGACCUGGACGGGGGGACAGUGAAUGUCCCCGAGUGUGUACAUAUCUCCCUGCUCCCCGAACCCCUGCUCCAGCAGACCCGGGAAGCCCUCUCCAUGGUCUUGGACCCAGAGCUGGAGGUGGCAGAUCUUGCAUUCCCCCCUUCAACGAUUUCCGCCUCUUCUCUCAAAAUGCAGGAUAAGGAGAUCCGGGCUGUCUUCCUCCGCUUGUUUGCACAGCUGCUUCAGGGCUAUCGCUGGUGUCUGCACAUCAUCCGCAUCCAUCCUGAGCCCGUCAUCCGAUUCCAUAAGGCAGCCUUCCUUGGGCAGAGGGGGCUGACGGAGGACGACUUCCUCACCAAGGUGCUGGAGGGCAUGGCGUUCGCUGGCUUCGUGACCGAGCGGGGGGCCCCGUACCGCUCCAUCGACCUGUUCGAUGAGCUUGUGGCUUACGAAGUGAAGCGCAUGCGCGCAGAAGAGGGGAACAAGCAGAAAAUACUGCGGCACAUCAAGGAGCUGGCGGAGAAACUUUACAAAAAUGAGAACCCGUACCCCGCGGUGACCAUGCACAAGGUGCAGAAGCCCACGGAAGGUUGUCACCUGCGCCUCCACCAGAAGCCUUUUCCCCGUCUGGAUGAGGGGACGGUGCAGUGGAUCAUUGACCAGGCCACGGCCAAGCUGCAGACGGCUCCUCCUGCUGUGAAGGCAGAGAAGAAAUGCAUGGUGCCAUCAGGACCCCCCAUUGCUGCCAUCAUGGAGCGCAACGGCAACGCCCUGGCCAACAGCGCCCGUCGCCUGGAGGUGGUCAGAAACUGCAUCUCCUACGUCUUUGAGAACAAGAUGUUAGAAGCCAAAAAGUUGUUCCCUGCUGUGCUGCGCGCCAUGAAGGGCCGAGCCGCCAGGCACUGCCUGACCCAGGAGCUGAACCUCCACGUGCAGCAGAACCGGGCGGUGCUGGAUCACCAGCAGUUUGAUUUCAUCAUCCGCAUGAUGAACUGCUGUUUGCAGGACUGCACUGCCAUGGACGAGCACGGGAUUGCAGCCGCACUCUUGCCGCUGGUCACCGCUUUCUGCCGAAAACUGAGCCCGGGCAUCACGCAGUUUGCCUACAGCUGUGUGCAGGAGCAUGUGGUGUGGACCAACAUCCAGUUCUGGGAGGCCAUGUUCUACUGCGACGUGCAGAACCACAUCCGAGCCUUGUACCUGGACAACAACGAGGAGAACCACGUGGAUGAGGAGAGCACAGAAGGGCCCCAGGAGGCCAAGUCUGCCCUGGAGAUAGCAUCGGAGCAGCUGAGGCUCUGGCCCACCAUGAGCCGAGAGAAGCAGCAGGAGCUGAUCCAGAAGGAGGAGAGCACUGUUUUCAGCCAGGCCAUCCACUACGCCAACCGCAUGAGCUACCUGCUGCUGCCCCUCGACACCAGCAAGAACCGCCUGCUACGCAGCUCCGGGCUGGGGGACGUGGAGAGUGUCAGCAACAGCUUCGUCACCAACAGCAUCGCUGGCAGCGUGGCUGAGAGCUAUGACACAGAAAGUGGAUUUGAGGAUGCAGAGAGUUCUGACGUGGCCAACUACGUGGUGCGAUUCAUCAACCGCUUUGUGGACAAAGUCUGCACGGAGAGUGGAGUCACCAACGAGCACCUCAAGGGGCUGCACGUCAUGAUCCCUGAUAUUGUGCAGAUGCACAUAGAGACACUGGACGCGGUGCACAGGGAGAGCAAGAGGCUUCCUCCCAUCCAGAAGCCAAAGCUGCUGCGCCCCAACCUGUUGGUGGGUGAGGAGUGUGUGAUGGAAGGGCUCCGCGUGUGCCUCAUGCCUGAUGGACGGGAAGAAGCUGCUGGAGGGAAUAUUGGUGGUCCACCUCUCCUCCCUGCGGAAGGAGCCAUCUUCCUCACCACUUACCGCAUCAUCUUCAAAGGCACUCCCACGGACCCGCUGGUGGGGGAGCAGGUGGUGAUCCGAUCCUUCCCCAUUGCCUCGCUGACCAAAGAGAAGAAGUUCAAUAUCGAGGCCCCAAUGGAUCAGUUCAUCCAGGAGGGCUUGCAGCUGCGCUCGUGCACAUUCCAGUUGCUGAAGAUUGCCUUCGAUGAGGAGGUGGCUUCAGACAGUGCUGAGGUCUUCAGGAAGCACCUGCACAAGCUGCGUUACCCCCAGCACGUGCGUGGCACCUUCGCCUUCACUGUGGGCCAGUCACCCAAGCAAGCCAUGCAGCCCAAGGCCAAGGAGAAGAACCCCUCGCUCAGCUCCCAGCAGGUGACCGAUAUGUUCCAGGGCCUGACAGUGGGGGUCAUGUCCCUCGGGCACCUUGGCCAUUCGACCACGACACUCUCCAAAAACCUGGUGAAAAAUGCCAAGAAAACAAUUGGCCGCCAAUACGUGACGCGAAAGAAAUACACGCCGCCCACGUGGGAGCAGCGGAGCAGCCAGCACUUCCCAGAGGACAACGAGGAUGAAAUCUCAGUGUCUGAAGAGAUGGACAGAAGCACUUUGACCCCCACCACCACCAUCAGACCUUCGGACAAGAUGACCAUCAACCACUUGGUGGAGCGAGCCUGCUGCCGCGACUACCAGCGGAUGGGGCUGGGCACCCUCAGCAGCAGCCUCACCCGCUCCAAGAACGAGCCCUUCCGCAUCUCCACCGUCAACCGCAUGUACGCCAUUUGCCGCAGCUACCCCGGGCUGCUCAUCGUGCCGCAGAGCAUCCAGGACAACACCAUCCAGCGCAUCUCCCGCUGCUACCGCCAGAACCGCUUCCCCGUGGUGUGCUGGCGAAACUCCCGCACCAAGGCCGUGCUGUUGCGCUCGGGGGGGCUGCACGGCAAGGGCGUCGUGGGCCUCUUCAAGUCCCAGAACGCCCCCACCGCAGGCCCCUCGCAGACGGACUCCACCAGUUUGGAGCAGGAGAAGUACCUGCAGGCCGUGAUCAACUCCAUGCCACACUACGCCGACGCCGGCGGGCGCAACACGCUCAGUGGCUUCACCUCGGCGCACAUGAGCAGCUCAGAUUUCUCCGACAAGAGACAGCCUAAGCUGGGAUCGCUCAUGAAGCAGGUGAUGGGAGGGAAGGACGAUGGGCCCGGUACUAUUAGCCGCGGAGGGCUGGCUCACAGAGCUAGGGUCAUCACUCUCUCCACCCCCAAGUGCGUGUCGCCGAAGGGCCGCGAGACGCCCCGAGGCAAGUGGGGCAGCAUCCGAGCCAGUGGGCGCAUGAGCAGCUACGCCCUGAACAUGGAGAUCGGGUCGCGCCUGGCUGGGAAGGACCUGCUGGGUGCCCAGCACAACGGCACCCCCUCGGAGGCCAGCUUCCUGCGCCAGCACCGCGCCUCGCUCUACAUCAUCGGGGACAAGUCACAGCUGAAGGGGGUGAAACCGGACCCGCUGCAGCACUGGGAGGUGGUGCCCAUCGAGGUGUUCGACGUGCGGCAGGUGAAGGCCAGCUUCAAGAAGCUGAUGAAGGCUUGCGUGCCCGGCUGCCACUCUCCUGACACCAGUGUCACCUACUUGCGGUCCCUGGAGGAGUCCGAGUGGCUGUCCCAGAUCCAUAAGAUCCUGCAGAUUUCGGUGUUGGUGGUGGAGCUCCUGGACACGGGCUCCUCUGUGCUGGUCAGCCUGGAGGACGGCUGGGACAUUACCACGCAGGUGGUCUCCUUGGUGCAGCUGCUCUCGGACCCCUACUACCGCACGCUGGAGGGCUUCCGCCUGCUGGUGGAGAAGGAGUGGCUGUCCUUCGGGCACCGCUUCAGCCACCGCGGGGCCCAGACCCUGGCCGGCCAGAGCAGCGGUUUUGCCCCCAUCUUCCUGCAGUUCCUGGACUGCGUACAUCAGAUCCACCUGCAGUUCCCCAUGGAGUUCGAGUUCAGCCAGUACUACCUGAAGUUCCUCAGCUACCACUACAUUUCCAACCGUUUCCGGACGUUCCUGCUGGACUCCGACUACGAGCGCAUCGAGCUGGGCCUCCUUUACGAGGAGAAGGGUGAGCGGAAGAGCCAGCAGGUCUACAAGUCCAUCUGGGAUUACAUCGACCGGCUGAACAAGAAAGCCCCCAUCUUCUUCAACUACAUGUAUGCCCCCGAGGAUGGGGAGGUGCUAAGGCCGUACAGCAACAUUUCCAACCUGAAGGUGUGGGACUACUACACGGAGGAGACGCUUUCCGAGGGCCCCUCCUACGACUGGGAGCUGACGCAGGGGCAGCCGGAGCACAUGGAGGAGGCGGAUCGGCAGGACACCAGUGCCCCCCAGACCAAGCGCAAGAUCAUCUGGCCGUGCUACGACAACCGCAGCCGCGUGGAGCCCGACGCCAUCUCCAAACUGCUGGAGGAGCUGCACAACCUGGAGAUGGAGCUGGGGCAGAUCCCGGAGCGCUGGAAGGACACGUGGGACAAGGUCAAAGCUUCCCAGCGCACGGAGGCGCGGCAGGAGGGCAGCCGGACCCCCAGCUCCCUGCUGAUGUCCUCCGGGCUCUCCCACCACCGGCGCUCGCUGGGUGUCUACCUGCAGGAGAGCGGGGUGGGCUCCACGCUCAACCUCAGCCUCGACAGCGACACCAGCAGCACCUCCACCCCCUCCAGCGGGAAGCAGGGCGGCCGCAAGAGCACCAGCACGCUCUACAGCCAGUUCCAGAUGUCGGAGAGCGAGAACAGGUCCUACGAGGGGUCUCUGUACAAGAAAGGAGCCUUCAUGAAACCGUGGAAGUCUCGCUGGUUCGUGCUGGAUAAAACCAAACAUCAGCUGCGGUACUACGACAGCCGGAUGGACACGGAGUGCAAAGGGGUGAUCGACCUGGCUGACGUGGAGUCCAUCACCCCAGGAACCCCCACCAUGGGGGCCCCCAAGACGGUGGACGAGAAAGCCUUCUUCGAUCUGAAGACGACGAAACGAGUUUACAAUUUCUGCGCCCAGGAUGUGCAGCUGGCCCAGCAGUGGAUCGACCGCAUCCAGAGCUGCUUGUCGGACGCGUGAGACUGGCUCAGGGGAGCCCCUAUUCCAGGCACAGAGUCUCCCGCGCCCCGGUGCGUGGAGCAGAGGCAGUGCCCGGGCUCGCGGCCGAGCCGGGGCUGUGACUGACCGGAGAGGAGGAGAUGGCCUUCCUCCCGUCCGCCACGGGUGUGCGGCGCUGGGGACCCCGCGGCCACGCACCCCCCCGGCGGCAGCGGGGGCAGGAUCAGUUUGUUGCGCUACGGUAGGACUGUAGUGGAGGAAUUCUGCGCGUUGAAGCAGGCGGGGGGGCGCGGGCCGUCCCGCUCUGUCCCCCCAGGCCUGUCUGAGCCCUGUAAUUACUGUGUCCCCUCUGUGCUCCUCCCGCGCCGGCGGCCUCGCUCCGGCUCUCUGCGGCAGAGGGGGGUCUUCAGCCGACCGGAGGGGGCCACCCUCGCCUCCCCCGCCCCACGCUGCUGCAGAAAGCAGGAGCCGCCUGCCCCCCUCGUCCCCCCCACGGCUUGCAUGUCUGCCAGAGCACCCACGGGGAUAACCAGCCCCGCUCCCUCCGGCCCCGCAGCGCAGCAGCCUCAGCGCGCCCUGGGCUUGUCUCCCGUCUCGCCGGAACCGGGGACGUGCAGCCCGGGGCGCCGGGGUUGCCGGAGGGGACGUGCCCGAGCACUGGGACCAUCCUGCCCGGCCCGUGUCCCCCCGGCAGCAGCGUCCGGCCCCUGAGCCCUGGCUGUCCCCGACUCGCGCAGGAGCAGACGGGGGGGGCUCUGUCUGCUGGGGGGGUGGCGGCGGUUGUAGCUGCGGCGCUGGGCUCUGUGUGGCAGGAGGGGACAUGGGGGUGGCCACUCUGCGCCCAGCAGGGAGGUGUCUGCUUAGGCUGUGACAGAGGGGUUCCCUGUCCUGGCUGGGGGACAGCCCCCACCUCCACGGUCAGGCUGCUUGUCACGGGGGGCACGUUCCCUGCAGGAGGUGCCAGAUGCCGCAGCCUCCGCGUGCCCUGGGGCGGUCCCCUCUGUCCCCUUGCAUGGGGGGUCCAGACCGGCCCCCGGGACAAGGGUCCCCGCCGGCAGUGACACCAGGGCUGGGACAGGGCUGGGCACGGUGGUGCCACCCGGUCUCUUUGCACAGGUCACGCCCCCCCACCCCAGCCCUCCUGUGGGAAGGGGGGGCAGCACCCCGGAGGGCACCCCACAGCGCUGCCCUCUGCUCCCCACCGCCUCGGGGCUCUCCCCUCCCCGCGCCCCCCAGUCCCUGUGCUCUGCCGGUGCCCUCGGGCUGGACCCCCCAGCAGAGGGGUCUGGGGGGAGCAGGGCUGGGGGGGCUGCGUGUCCCACCGCCCGCUGCCCCCUCCCCACUUGUUGCUGUGGCUGCGCAGGGGAAUCUCGGUACAGAAACGGCUCCUGCAGCCCCUCAUCCCUCCCCUGCGCUGGGUGGUCCCGGGGGGGGUUUGGCCCCGCUCCACCCCAGGGUCGCUCGCUGGGAAGCCCGAAGAGGCGUCGGGAGGUGGCCCAGGACCCGCUGCCUCCGGCCGCUGGACGGGACCCGGCGUCCGCAGCCCCCCCAGCCCCGGCCGGGCCCGACCCUCCCGCCCCCCUCAACGCUCGGCCAGCUCUUCCCCCCUCUUGUUUUUAAAGGAGUACCAUGUUUUAUUUCAGUGCAGAGAUCUUUGUACAGUCUUAACCCCCCGCCCUCCCCGUCCCCCUUUGUUUCCUCGUCCAGUGCUGGCCGUGGCAGGUCGCUGGUGUAACGGAGGGUUUUGUAACUUACCGGAGCAGUUGUAGAUUAUUGAAGUUUCUGUACAUUGUGUCAAACAUACAGAGUCCUUGUAUUGUAUUGUGCCUAGAGGAAAAAGGUUAUUAUAUAAAGAGAAAACUAACUGACUUUAAUAAAAAAAUUAAUAUGA